GCUUGGGGUGAAUUUAAUUCACAUUCAGUUUGCUAAGUGUGCUAGGUUGCUGCCAAUUGUUUUUAAGUAUAUUCUAUUGUCACUGUCCUUGAAAGUUGAUUCUCUCUCUAUAAUAGCCUCAUGCUUCUGCAAUGGGACCCAUCCUUCUUUUUAAGCUUUUACUUCGCAGAGAGGGCUAGUUGUUUGGCUGAUUUGAUUCACAAUAAUCAAUUGGUGUUCUUACUUUUACAAUGGGGAGAAAUUGGUGAGAACUAAGAAGGGUUGGUCUAAAGGAGCAACUUAUGGAGUAUUUAUCCUGUUAACAAUUUGGUCCUUUUUGUGAGUGGAGAGAAACGCCAAAUUUUUCAACACAGAUGCUUGUCAUUUGUAAUUGAGAGGAUCUUUUUAGAAGGGGCCGGGGGAUAGCCAUGCUUGGUCCUGAAACAGAACUUAAGAUAAGUUUUGGCUACCAAUGCAAUGGCAUUGCAGAUAUCUCGUGCAAGUCUAUCAACGGCUACAAAAUCCUUCCUUAUUUCCCUAGAACAAGCAGUUUCUCUUGCUUGUCUGGUGCUGCCGUUAGCGCAAAUGCUACACUUGCCAACACAAACAUCUGCAAUGGUGUGAUAGGGGAAGAAAUCCUUCCUAGUUUGGACUCUCCUAAAUCGUUUCGUAAGAUACCCUCUUCGCCAAGUCUUUCGAAGUUGGACAUACUAUCAUCUUCUCUCCAUGGUAGUUUCUCAAACCUCAGUUGCAGUCCAUCCACACAAAGUGAUAUGUUUGAUUAUGACGCUUGUAUGGUGAGUGCUCCUUGCAAAAGUGAAGGAUUUCUCAAUGCUAUGGAAGUACAAGUAGCAGGGGGAGCUGCUGGUGAAGAUAGAGUUCAAGCAGUUUGUUCUGAAGAAAAUGGCUGGCUCUUUUGUGGAAUUUAUGAUGGCUUUAAUGGCAGGGAUGCAGCUGACUUUCUGGCCUGUACCCUUUACGACACUAUCAUAUCUUAUUUUAAUAUGCUGUAUUUGGAUUUGGAAUCAGAUUCUAUCAAAGCUUCCAACAGUCUUGAUUUGGGUGGAUCAUCUCAAUAUGAGUUGGAUGAGCAUCAAUCUCGUUCUCAGAAAUCAUUUUCACAUGCUAUUCUUGAUAGCCUCCAACGUGCUCUCAAUCAGGUUGAGAAUGAUUUCUUGUACAUGGUUGAGCAGGAAAUGGAGGACCGUCCGGAUUUAGUUUCUGUCGGAUCUUGUGUUUUACUUGCACUUCUUCAUGGGGAAAAUUUGUAUACACUUAAUCUUGGUGACAGCAGAGCAGUAUUGGCAACGUGCAGUAUGGAUGGCGGAAUGAGUGGCAAAGAGAGAAGAAUGAAAGCUAUCCAGCUUACUGAUAUGCAUACUGUUGACAAUGGAGCCGAAAGAGCUCAACUUCUUGCUGGUCACCCUGAUGAUCCCAAGGCCAUCGUAGCUGGGAAAGUGAAAGGAAAAUUGAAGGUUACUCGCGCUUUUGGAGUUGGCUACUUGAAAAAGAAAAUUCUGAAUGAUGCAUUGAUGGGAAUUCUUCGAGUGCGUGAUCUCAUAAGCCCACCAUACAUUUCCAUUCAACCGUCACUAAAUGUGCAUAGAAUCUCAAGUUCCGAUCAAUUUGCUAUAGUUGCGAGUGAUGGUUUGUUCGAUUUCUUCAGCAAUGAUGAAGCAGUAGAGCUUGCAGAGUCUUACAUCCUAAGCAAUCCAUUUGGUGAUCCAGCAAAAUUCCUUGUUGAGCAACUUAUAGCAAGAGCUGCUGAUUCUGCAGGUUUUAGCACGGAAGAGUUGAUGAAUGUUCCGGCCGGGAGGAGGAGGAAGUACCAUGAUGAUGUGACCGUGAUUGUCAUCAUCCUUGGGAUGAAUCAACGGACGUCAAAGGCAUCAACUUGCAUCUAAAGGUGCAACAUAAAUUUUGCAUUUGAAGAUUUUCGCGGAUACCUUGAUCAUGAAGGAAGUGUUUCCUACUAUGAAGUUGUGAUAUUUAUAGUGUACAUAUGUAACUUCAGUUUUCUUGGGUAUGUAAAAAAUUUUGCAGAAGAGACAAUCACCAUUUUGUUUGAACACUCAAUAAUUUUACAAAUGCACUUGUUUUGAUCUUUGCCAGAGAUGAUUUUCCUGCAUGUGAGGGAAUUUUUUUCUAA